AACUCAGCCAGGAAAUACAGUGUGGCUGCCUGGUGGCGGGUUCUGCACUGUUGGUGCAAAGUUUGAAGACGUGUAAAAACAGGGCAGUGGUCAAGGCACAACUUGGUUCAAACUUUCAGUUUUUUUACUCAAUAAUUAACUUUUGUAACAAUUGGCGAUUAAGGAUGUCUGUUGCCGGAUUUAAGAAGCAGUUUUACAAAGCCAGCCAGUUGGUCAGUGAGAAAGUUGGAGGUGCCGAGGGAACCAAACUAGAUGAGGACUUCAAGGACCUCGAGAAGAAAGCGGACGUCACCAGCAGAGCAGUGCUGGAUGUCAUCACCAAAACCUCAGAGUACCUCCAGCCCAACCCGAGCGCCCGGGCCAAGCUCACCAUGCUCAACACGGUGUCCAAGAUCCGCGGGCAGGUGAACAGCCCCGGCUACCCACAGUCGGAGGGCCUGCUGGGGGAGAGCAUGGUCAAGUUUGGACGGGAGAUGGGCGAUGACACUAACUUUGGGGGGGCGCUCUUGGAUGUGGGGGAGUCAAUGAAGAGGUUGGCAGAAGUGAAGGAUUCGCUGGAUAUCGAUGUCAAACAGAACUUUAUUGAUCCUCUGCAGGCCAUCGCUGACAAGGACAUCAAAGACAUCCAGCACCACCUGAAGAAGCUGGAGGGCCGCCGGCUGGACCUGGACUACAAGAAGAAGCGUCAGGGGAAGAUCCCUGAUGAGGAGUUCAGGCAGGCACUUGAGAAGUUCCACGAGUCUAAAGAGCUGGCGGAGGUCUCCAUGCACAACCUGCUGGAGACGGACGUGGAGCAGGUGAGCCAGCUGUCCUCUCUGGUGGAGUCCCAGGUGCAGUAUCACAGGCAGGCCGUGCAGAUUCUGGAGGAGCUCUACGAGAAGCUGGGACAAAGGGUGACUGAGGCCCAGUCCCGGCCCCGGCGUGAGUACACCCCCAAGCCGAAGCCCACCAUGGACUACGGGGAGCCCGAGCAGGCGAGCCGAGGCUACGCGGCCCCCGCGGCUAACCCCCCCUCGUACUCGGCCGGUCCGUCCUUCCGGGGACCCUCGUUGAAGAACAGAAGGCCGGAGGCCAGCUGUAAGGCCCUGUACGACUUUGAGGCCGAGAACCCCGGCGAGCUGAGCUUCCGCGAGGGCGACCUCAUCACCCUGACCAGCCGCAUCGACGAGAACUGGUUCGAGGGCACCGUGCAAGGCCGUGUGGGAUUCUUCCCCAACAACUACGUUGAGGUGGUGGUCCCACUGAGCCACUGAAGACGGGCUGAACCAAGAGGAAGAGGAGGGAGAGCAGGAAGGGAUGACGGUGAUUAUGAUGAUGUGAGACAUUCAAUCGUUUAAAGGGGCAUUCCGGAAUGGGAUUUUCUUUUAUAAAAGAUCUCCAUAAAGGCAAAGGCAAAUUUCCGUGGCCUACUAAUAACUAGCUAUAUAUAAGGACAAAUACAGAUGGGUGGGAUUUGAAAAAUAAGUAAAAUUACAAAAAGGGAAAGCACAAUUUGUGAGUGUGCUCAUAUUGCUCUCACAUUCUCGCUAUCCAAGUACUUCCUGCACAAGCCGGUGCUGAUGAAGAAGGACUGUUCUGUUCGUUAAAAAGUGCAAAUACUUUAUACUGACAUUGCAUUGUUUAAGGGAAACUAAAAAACAUAUUGAAUACAUUCUCUGCUUAUCAAUUAUUCACCACACGAAUAGGACUCAUAAAUGAAUAUGAACAUUAUCUUGCUCCAUUAAGUUUUACUUUAUUUCUUAUCUCUCUGCAUCCCUAUGAUGGCAAUCUAGAUUUCUUAUGCUUUGCUGCCAUCUAGCAGUGCACACAGCUGGUUCAGUUGGGAACGGUCGUAAUAAGACUCGCCUGUAGGGGGUGUACUUUCCUCAUAGUGGUUUCAGCAUCUUGAUAAUAAGGGGACACUUUCUGCGUUCUGAACGUCCCAGCAAGCUUUCUGUCACAUAGGCCUUGGAGUUUGUAUCAGGAUUAUUGUUUUUGUGCAAUCUCCACAUACUCACAUACACAAACAUAGUUGAAUAUUUGUUUAGAAUAAUCUGUGAGUUGUUGCAUCAAACCUCUUCUGUGUUUAAAUGAUCGUUUGAAGCAGAACCUUGUAAACAUAUCAUUUCAAAGGAAACUUGAAAUCUGUUCAGGUACAGGAAAGAAACUGCUGCUGUAUAAUUUACUAUCAACCCCCCUUUUUCUCACAUUUGUACUAUCUUACUUAAAACCAAUAACGCUAACUGCCGGUUCUUCAGAAGAAUACUAAAGCCAUAAACACAGCCCUAACUGGUGUUUUCUGAGGCUUAGAUAUGGUACUGCUGGCAGUAUCGCUGACAAAUCCUUGUGGGCCUCGUCCCCAUUGUUUACCGAUAACCUCACUGUGAGCUUGUCUAUACUAUUAUGGACGGUAAUUACACGGGCAAAUCCUGUCGCUAUGUAAAACUAUGCUUUGGCGUCAAAUGGAAAAUGCAUUAGACAAGUUGUGGGCAUGCUCCUAGCCGGAAAACCUAGACCCUCUCCCCCUCCCUAUUGUGUACAUUCUUAAGGAGCGCCUCAGGUUUUACUAACAUUUAAGCCUAUUAGGGAGAAACCAAGCACUGUAACUAUCUGCUCUGGGUGAAGUUUCUCCUAUCGGCAUCUCUGUUAUGAAAGCAGCUGCUCUCCCAACUCGUCUCCCUCUAAACUGGAAGUGGAACAGACGGGUCUUCAUAGAGACGAAGGGCAAACAACAGCGGAUUAUGCCCCGCCCCCUCCUCUCCCGACCCCUCUCUAUUUACCACCUGCCCCUGCUGCACCCCUGUCUACUCUCCAGCUCAUCCUCCCCGCCCCAGACCAAUACCCCCCCCCUAACCUCCUUCUUUGAGCCAUCACUCUUAAUCUUUCCACUUACAGUAGCACACACAUUAACGGUGGGCCUGCAUGCAUUUUGUGGGUCAUUUGUAUGUGCAUUGCAUUCUGAAGGCCAUAGACUUCUCUAGCUGUGUGCUGAGUCAUCGACCAGCGUGGGGACCAGGUGUGGGAAGGCCCACCUCGUUAAGGGUCACCGUAUAACCGGUUGGGAGGGUUAGGAGGGUGUGGUGUGUUGGCAUAGUUUAGGUUGCUCGUAACACGCACCGUAAAACAUGGAUGAUGAAUGAUUUCACAUCACAUAUUGCUCACAUCAUUUAAUUUGUGCAUUUAUGCGUGUGCUGCUGUCGAUGCAGGAUUAGGAGUUCUAUAGUGGUGGCUGUCUUUUUUUAUUUUUAUUUUUUUUGACCUGAUGAUCUAUGACGGGCCAGCCCGUUGCAUCAAAACAGAAGCAUCAGAUGCAGUGUUUGUAAGAAAUAAGUAUUAUCUGACCGUUUAGCUUUAUGUUAAUAUGUUGAAUAUAAAUAAUAUUUUCUGUGUAUGUAUUUUUGUGCCAUGCAUGUGUCUUCAUAAUUGCUUUUCGGGAUGUCCAAUGCAAUAUCACAUUGUUGUAAUUGUGAGACUGUGGGAAGAAAAAAAGCAGGAUUAUCCCCGAUUAUUAUUUUUUUUAAGGAUAAACGGAUUAUCCCCGUUAUCCUGCAUAAUGUUUAACCUGAAAUGUUGUGUAUUAAUAUGUUGAGGUGAAUGGAUGCUCCCUUUUUUCUUUAUAAAAUAAAUGAUGGAUACGUUUAAAAAAG